AUGUAAUAAUUUUUUAUUAAUGAGCUUCAAAAGAAACCACUUCCAGAUAUUCUGAUGAUAUAAUUUAUUUAAGCUCUUUAGUUUCCUGAACAGAUUGAAUAAUUGAAUUUCAGUCAAAUUGAGCAAUAUUUACAAUAAUUGUCCAUUUUGAUCUCUGAAAAAAAUGAUUAAAAAUGUUGGAUUUAUUUUGGAUUGCUAUUAAGAUAGAUGCUAAAUUAGAGAAAUUAAAUGAGCAUCGAAUAAUAUAAUAGAUGUGCUAUAAACACCUUUGUUUUAAUUAUUCAAAUAUUGAACAUUCAUAUUACUUCUGAAUAUAUUGAAAACAUCUUAACAGCGUAUUAUGAAUUCAUAGAUAGAGUAGAUGAUUAAUUUUGGAUAUUUCUAGCAUGGUAAUUCAGAAAUGCUUCCAAUAAUAUCAAUCAAUUAGAGCUAUUAAAACACUUAGUAAUUUCUUAAUCGUAAAGAAAUGAAUUUUUGGACAUAUUAAUUCUAAAGAUCAAAAUUGAAAUUGAAAAACCAAUUACUAACAUUAAAAUUCAUAAAGUUAUCAUAUCCUCAUUGCAGGUUGUCUUAGAAAGAAAUCCAUAUCAAAUAAUAUCAUAGAAUUUAUUAAAUUAUAUGACUACAAUUUUAGCAAGUGAUAUAAUAAAUAAAGAAUCAAUCAAAUCGAUUUAUUAUGUGAUCGGAUUAAUAGAUUCUUUUUUUGAGCAUUAGCAUUUAGUAUAAUGUGAUUCUAAGCAAUAUGAUUAAUUUACACAAUAUUUAUUCUAAUAUUUGCUAAAUUAGAUUGAACAAAUAAAUUGGUAAAUUUAUAAUCAUUAAAGUAUAAAUAAGGAGAAUUAAAAAGAAAACUUUAAAUUGCUAACUAAAUUGUGUUAAAAUCAUUAUUCUCUCAGAUUAUUUAAAAAUAAUAAAGAAAAACUCUUGCACUUAAUUUACACUUAAUUAUCAAAUUACAUAGAAUUAUAUAAUCAAGUGUAAAAUGAGGACACGCCUAAUGAACUGAUAGAUCUCAUUAGUAAACAAGAAAGUGACACAUAUUUGUGUUCGAUAGUCAGAUUAUUUGUGGCUAUGUGUUCCUAUGUUCGUUAAUUUACAUAUAUCGGAUAUCUACUUUGCGCUCAAGUGUUAAAUACAAUUUUUUAAGUCGAAAUGCAACAGAUCAACAUUGUAAAAAAUUAAGUUGCAUUUUAUUAUGAUCCUCAGGAAAUCAACAACAUAAAUUAGAUCAUCAAAGUAAAUCAAACUUUACCUAUCACAUAAUUAUAAGCAUCUUUGAUUUUGCUUACUUCUAUGAAAAUAUUUAUAGUCGAUCAAGAGUUUACUCUAAAAAAACUAGAAAACUUACUAAGAAUACAUUUAAAUAAUUUAACUUCGUAGAUGGGUAACUCCAGUUUCAAAAUUAUAUUUAUGCUCUUUUUACAAAAAUACUAAAAAAAGAUAUUUAAAUAAGAACAAGAUGAAGAUUUCAACAUUUAAUAUUUAAAAUAUAUUUUAUAGUAGAUUACAACUGAGAAUGUUGAAACAGCAACCGCUAUUUCAGUUUUUUAGAUGAUGACAAAAUCUUCAUCCAAUUACACUCUUUUGGAGAAUACGAUACAACACCUGAAUCCAUAUAUACAGAACAUCAUUUCUAAAACUACAGAUAUUGAUUUUUUUGAAUCACUAAUAAAUUUAGCAAAAGUGCAUAAAACAUUUUUCCAUAAUUAUUCUGAGAGUUACUUGAUUGUUUUGUAAUAGAGAAUAAUUAUUGAAAUAAACAAUUUAAAUAAUCAUGCUGUGAUAAAGAUGUUAUAAACCUUUAGAGCAAUUUAUAAAAUAUGGCCCUAAGAGGAAACCUAUAAUUCUCAAUUAGAUGUUUGGAAGUUAAUGGCAUAUUUACCUCAAUCGAAAAGAAAUUCUUUUGAUGAAGAACUUGUUGAAAUUUCAAAGAUCUUUCUUAAAUAUUAUUAUAAAUGUCAAUACGAAUUUGUCAUACAAUUUGUCAUCUAUUAAUUAAAAAUGUACCUGUAACAGGCUCCAUAUAUAAAAUUCUUAGCCGCUUUCAAUAAGGAACAAUACUAAUUUAUAGCUGAUGAAAUGCCGCAAUUAUUGUAUGAAAUUUUCAUCAUAUGUUUGAAGUGUAUAGAGAUGAAUUAUUUGAUCAAAAAGGUAAGAAAAAUCUGCAGAAGCAUAUCUUUGUAUACUGAUUUAUUCUUCAAGUAAGAAUUUUAAGUUCUUAUUUAAAAUCAUAUUGCUUAAACCUAAAAUUAAAGUUAGACUGUCUUUUUAAUUUGCUAUUUGUGUAUGAGUAAUUAACAAGAGACAGAGAAAUACCAUGAUGAAUUAGUGAAUCGUAUUUUAGAAAUCUAAGAGCAUAAUGUAACUUUAUAAAAUUAAGCUGAUAUUUUCGAUUGUUGUUAUGCUUUGAUAAAGUUAUAUGAGUACACUUUAGAGAAUUUUGAUAAAUCUCAAUAUCAAUACAUUCAAAAUAUAUUUUUUAAGUUAAUAGAUCUAUUGCAUUCUUGUUUAUUGCUUGAUGAUAAAGAGAGUGAAUAGAAAAAUAUCACUUUAAAUGAAACUUAUGAUUUAUUUCAAAAAAUGAUAUACAAAAUUUAAUCAAAACUACUACCCAAAUACUUGGAUGGAUAAUAUGAAUACGAAUUUAAAUUGCAAUAAUUAAUGUAAGCUAAGGCAUAAUUUGGCUUAAUAAAUACCAUAUACAAACAAUUUAAAAAAUGA